AUGGAGGUUGAAAUGGCAACUUCAGUGUUGACUCCAGCACUCCAAAGCCCUGCUCUUUACGCCUCGAAUUCCCGUAUAUCGAUUUCGACUUACCACGCCGUGCUCGAUAUCUUCCAGGCGCGUCUUUCUGAUAUUUGGCCUAUCGCCGAUACUGAGCAUUUGAAAUUCCAGCUCAAAAGCUCAGACAACGAUCCAACCUCCCAUGCCUUAGCAGCAGCCUUGUGUGCUGCUACAUUAGCACAAAUUCGGCUUUGGCUCACGCCGACUCCCAGCCCUGAGGAUCUCUCGGUAACUGCAGAAGACUUUGCCAAAGAAUGUCUUCGCAUUCGGCUUGAAAACCACUAUCAUCAAGAACCAUCUCUUCAGGCCCUGGUCACAUCUAUCUUCCUUCAUAUGUAUUACGCCAAUCGAGAUCAAAUAACACCGGCUACAAUCUCCCUGCGGGAGGCAAUCACCUAUGCAGACCUAUUGCACCUUUGCCAUAAGCCUUCCCUCGAUCCAGCGCAGUCAAAACAGUGGCAACUGGAGCUUCGAUGCUAUUGGAUUCUUUUUGUGACUGAAAGGUUGCAAAGAACGUUUUGCAUUCAACAUGAUUUACCAAUAACACUACACAGAAUAGCCAAUCUUCCCGAAAUCGAGUGGGAUACAUCCCAGGGGAACCUAUAUGCAGGGUUCCGGGCUCUUGUUCAAUUGUUCUUCCAUGUGCAGCGCCCUCUCAUCUUACUAUCUACAAAUAGUAAAGCUAUCGAGGCAACGGACAUGUACUCAAAGGAUAACAUAUCGAAGAUUCAGAAUCAAAUCCAGGUGAGAAUGCCUGGGCUAGAAAUCACGUCAGAAGUACGAUACGUCGAUAUUUUGACUACUUCCGCAUGGGUCCGUACGUUGCUAUGGCAGUACUCCGCUUCUCGCUUUAUGCUCUCCUCAUCCACCUCAGUUGAACCACUAUCAUUUGAUUACCCCCUGUCGAUUGCCAAGGAUUAUCUGGAGUCCCUUUCCCAUGUAUCCCUAGACUCCUUUCGUUGUCAUGGAUACGGCAUGGUAAGGCAUUGA